AUGGGUAGUGGUUGGCUGGCGAUGAAAAUUAACAACAAUGCAUUGGUAGUGGUGUUAAUGAUGGCAGUGAUUUACAACUUUUAUGUAUCUGCUGGAAUCACCACAACGGGACGAGAGUUUAGUGUGAACGAAGGCAACAGUGUGGAACUUCCUUGCAAUGUCAAGGACUUAGAUGAUGAUACUGUUGUAAUAUGGAAGCGCGGUGAAGAAAUAAUAUUCACGGAUGAAUAUAGUACGAUAGAAGAUGCGCGAUUUCAACUCAAUCAUGAGAAUGAUAAUUUUACACUUAUAAUCGAUCGCGUUGAGCCGUAUGAUACAGCCGCAUAUAUUUGCUCAAUAACAUCACCAGAGCAAUCGAUCACACAUCAUUUACAAGUGAACGUCCCGCCGUCAAUUUUAAUAUCACCAGAUUCAAAUCCGUUGUUGGUUGGAGUUGAUGAUGAAAAUGUUAUAAUCAAAUGUACGGCUUCCGGUAAUCCAGCGCCUAAAGUGUCAUGGUCAAAGAAAAAUGGUAAAUUGCGAGCCAACUCGAUUUCAAAAGAUGGACAGUUACGUUUGAUGAAAGUGACCCCAGAGGACUCGGGUAUCUACGAAUGUGCUGCUUCGAAUGGCGUUGGCGCAGAUGCACAUGAUACGAUCGAAGUUCGAGUGCAGUCUGGUCAAACAGAUGCACAUGAGCCGUCGGCACCUUGGGUCGAUGCAGACUACAGCUAUUUGCCAGUGAGGUUAGAUCAUGACAUCAAUGUUACAUGCAAGUAUAAUGCAGAGCCUGCGCCUCAAGUGGAUUGGCUUUAUAAUGCAUUCACAAUCAACUUCUCAGACAAUAAGUUCAAGGGAACUGUUCAGUAUGGGACAAGACGUGAUAAUUACAGUGAAUCGAUAUUGGCAAUUAAGAAUAUCAAAGAAGAUAAUUUUGGUGAUUAUUCGUGUCGAAUAUCAAAUAACUUAGGCACUGUUGAAAAAACAAUUCAUAUUAGCGGUCGGCCAGGUCCUCCAACACUGAGCGUUUCGGGUAAUCAACUCUCAUGGACCGUGCAAUCUGUUGAUCCAAUCAUAGAAUAUCAAAUUUUAUAUCGAUUUUCGCAUGAAGACACCUGGCAACAGUUCAAGUCGAUACGAGCCGAAAAAGAAGAACAAAAUGGUAAUGAGUGGUCAAGGAGUGAGCAGUUGGUCUGGCUUCGGCCAGAUACAGACUACGAAUUACAGUUGAAGGCGCGCAAUACGCUUGGUUGGGGAUCGUUGGCACGGCAAUAUAUCACGCUCAGAACACCGUCGAAUAAUAACGAAACGAAUCGUGAGUUUGAUAAGUUACAAAUAAAUAAUGAGAAAUACGCAGAGAAUUGUCUAACAGCUGUUUUGUUUGUUUGUUUGUUUGUUUUUUCGACUGAUUCCGGCGAAAAACAACCGUCCUCUGCGUCUUUAGCGACAAGAGGUUCGAGCGAAGCGAUAUCAACAAUAAUAGCAGUAAUGAUGCUAAUCUCGUCAUGGUAUUAUCAUGGAUGA